UACAUUAGGAAGUGCAAGAGACGUUUGCAAACAUCUUGAGAAUCUUAAUAUUAAGAAGCUUAAUAUCAUUUUAGUGUAAAAUGGAUUCUCAUAUUUUGAAAAAGAAAGCGCUUUAGUUUGGUCUUAAAAUAAAAAACUUGGACUAACCAAUUGACCUCUUUUCAGAGCUCACUUUCGGUUUGUACACCCAACUAUUCAGUUUUCAGAGGUCUCUCUCCAUUGUUUAUAAGUUGGUCUCUUUAAUUUUGGUUAUUUGUUUACGUCUUUCUUGUUGGUCCAAAUUGAUUUAUUCCAAUUAAUUAAAAUGGCAAAGCUAACCAAUGGUAUUGGACUUGGUGGUGAAACUCGUCAGUUAGUGUUGGGUGAUAGUUUUCGUAAUUAUCGGUGCAAUCGUGGCCCUAAAGGCCUACACACUGUUCGGUAUGAUUUCAAGCCUGCUUCAGUUGAUACUACCAAAGUGGGUGAUAUAGAAUUUGGCGAAAACAAUAAAGUUACCGUGACUAUGCCUAAUGUUGAAUCAGCUGGAUUUUCACAGACGGUCUUUAAAGGCUCAAGGAAACCACAUCUCAAAGAAUGUGUUCUUAUUAUUGACAACGAAACAGGAGAAUUAACAUUGGAAAGGUUGGCCCAUAAUAUUACUGUGAAAAAGACUCGAGCUGAAGGAAGUUCUCGAGCUGGUUUACCUAGGCCUAUCACUCCAUCAUUUGAGACUCAGAAUGAAAAAAGUGGAUCAUCAUCUAACAGCAAUGGUAACAAUGGCAAUGGGAACAAUAGUAGUUAUAACAAUAAUUCCAACAAUAAUUAUAACCAGCGGAAACUUUCACCACCAAUGAUCAAUGGCUCUAUUAAUGGCGGCCGUCCUAUUUCUCCGAAAGUUUCUUCCUCUUCUUUAACUGUUGGUGGACAUCAUGGUAGUUUGUCACAAGGAGGGUCGCCUUCAUCCUUUACACCUAAAUCCAAUCGAUCUUCACCAAAUGUUGCAUUCGGGUUACAUCGUAGUCCUCUUGUGCAGUCCAGUCAACCAUCUAUGCCAACUAAUGAUUUAUUAACCUCAACUCACAUUAAACCUGAUGAUGAGAUGAUUGGUAUUCUCUCAGAAUCAUCAAGUGAUUCUAGUGAACAUGGUUCAUCUAGCAGUGAUAACAGUGAUAGCUCUAGUGAUGAAGAUGAUGAGAUCAAGCAAGAAGUUGUAGAAGCCUCGAAAAGUUUGAAUGAUGAUAACUAUUCGAGAGCAGGUUCAUCUUCAUCAUCUGGAUCAGAUAGUAGUUCUGAUUCUGAUGAUGAAACUGGCCCUGCAACGCCAACACCAAUGAUGACCAACAGUUCUAAAAUCAAACAAAGUCCGAACAAUGGUUCCUCUUCCAGUGCAAUUCUUCCAAGUAUGCCUAGCAUGUUGAGUAUGCCCAAAUUUACGCAAUUAAGUGAAGACUUACAACUAAGUGAGUCUGGAAGUGAUAGUGAUUGAAGGCUUUUCGCUGUUUUCAAAGAUCAUUUACGGAGUUGGAACAUCUGAGACGUUAAUGGCUAAUGCUGUUUCAAUCUUGAUGCAGAGAUACUGAGUAAAGAAAAAUUUGCUACGAAAACUUUGGGCAAAGCUUAAAUGCUUCGUACAAUUAUUUUGGUUACGAUUAAAAAGUACAAUUGUUGAGGAUGAAGCUAAACCGAGCAUCAUUGAAGUAACUUAAUCAAAAGACAAAUUCUCUCAAGUGCUACUGUAGCUAAUUAUUUUACGAGUUGAUAAUUUUAUUAAAGCAGCUCCUCGACAACGUGACCCUGACCGUCGUGGCCACUAAUUGCAUGCUUUAAACUAUUUUAAUCAAACUUUCGAGGUCAAUUUUAUUUGGCCAACAAACAGCAACACUUAAAUUACAAUCUUCACUUACCUUAAAUAACCUUGAUAUGCUUGGUGUGAAAUUAUAUUUCCAUAGAUGGACAUUAACACCUCAACUUUCUUUUUUAUUAAACAUUUGAAUUGAA